GAUGCCAGUGGUCAAAAGAGUUCGCUCAUUUGACUGACCUCAUUCGAUGACUUUAGGCCGAGGAGAGACCCCUGCAGGCGAAAAGUACACACACCCACACACAUUGACGCAGCUUUUCUAGUUCAUUUAUUUCUGUCAUCCCUGACAACCGAGUAAUCAAAGUGAAUGGAUUUACUAAACCAGAUUGAGCCAAAGUUAUUGCUAAGAAUAACAGCGCGUUUGCCAUCGUCUGCUUCGAUUUCCAAAACGAUUAUCUUGUAAAGUGGAUAUAACAUUAAUCUCGGAGGAAGACACCUGUAUUUCCAGAUUUCAAACGUACCGAACAGUAAUUGUUUUGGCAAGGAUAUUUUUUCAGCGUCAGCAAAAAUAAGAAAAACAUGUUAGCAUUAAGCUAGCUGCUGCUAAACUCAAGCUAGCAUGUGUGGGAUACACUGUGACUGUGGUGGCAAAACUAAUGUAAACCAACGGACUAUGAGCUCUUCUUUCUGAAAUAAACUUAUCGCCACAUACGAAGACUAUAUUUAUAUUGCUUCUACCGUUUGGAAACGUCGAAACUAGCACGUAAACCAAGAGUGGCAAUGUCACGUGAUGGAUGGUUAUGAGUUUUAGUGUCCAGACAGGAGAACCAUGGAACAGAUUGAGCAACCUACCUCAGAAAUGAAAUGUGAUGGCCCUGUGGUCCGAGGCCAUGUGACAUUAACAGAAAUCAUGGAAGGCCAGCCCUCUCCACGGCCAGACUUAAACUCUGCACAGAUUCCUGAAGACACAACAUGGAUAGCUGCUCGGGAAGGUGAGUCUGUAUCCUCGGAUUGUGGAGGUAUGUCGGACCUUCAGGAGCCGGGCUCAGCAUCGGGUGAGGAAGGCAGUGAGGCGUCUGAUGCUACAGGAAUGGAGGUCUCACCUGGCAGCAAGGGAUCAUGGGGGGUGAACCUUCAGAAUGGAGAUGGAGCAGAGCAGGAGAGCCCUCAACAAAACAGCACUGCUCCCAUAACAGCUAAAACUUUGCCAGAUCCAUUACAGGCCCCCUCUCUAUCAUUGUCUGACCAGUUACGGCUGGGUCGGGACAACCCCAACAAUUUAGGCCUGAAUGUUGAAUGCCGCAUAUGUGGAGAUAAAGCCUCAGGAUUUCAUUAUGGAGUUCAUGCUUGUGAAGGCUGCAAGGGAUUUUUCAGACGCACCAUUCGUAUGAAGCUGGAGUACGAGCGGUGUGAGCGUGCUUGCAAAGUCCAAAAAAAGAGCCGGAACAAAUGCCAGUACUGUCGUUUCCAGAAGUGCCUGGCAUUGGGCAUGUCCCACGAUGCGAUCAGGUAUGGACGGAUGCCAGAGGCAGAGAAGAAGAAGCUAGUGGCAGGGCUUCUCACUGGGGAGAACCUGCAAAGCUCUGUGGGGGCUGACCUCAAAACCAUGGCCAAGCAUGUCAACACCGCCUACCUGAGGAACCUCAACAUGACCAAGAAGAAAGCACGGAGCAUUUUGACGGGCAAAACUAGCUGCACAGCGCCAUUUGUGGUCCAUGAUAUGGAAUCACUAUGGCAGGCAGAAAACGGGCUGGUCUGGAACCAGCUUAAUGGAGCACCACCAAACAAGGAGAUUGGGGUGCAUGUCUUCUACCGCUGCCAGUGCACAACAGUGGAAACUGUACGAGAACUCACAGAGUUUGCCAAAAACAUCCCUGGCUUUGUGGAUCUCUUUCUUAAUGAUCAGGUAACACUGUUAAAAUACGGUGUCCAUGAGGCCAUAUUUGCAAUGCUCCCAUCUCUCAUGAAUAAAGAUGGGUUGCUGGUGGCCAAUGGGAAGGGCUUUGUGACGAGAGAGUUCCUGCGUAGUCUGCGCAAACCUUUCAGUGAGAUCAUGGAGCCCAAGUUUGAGUUUGCGGUCAAAUUCAAUGCUCUGGAGCUUGAUGACAGCGACCUUGCUCUGUUUGUGGCAACCGUCAUACUGUGUGGAGAUCGUCCUGGACUGAUGAACGUGAAACAGGUAGAGCAGAUCCAGGAUGGCAUCUUGCAAGCUCUGGACCAACAUCUUCAGGUGCACCACCCCGACUCUCCUCAUCUCUUUCCCAAACUGCUUCAGAAAAUGGCGGACCUCAGACAGCUGGUCACAGAGAAUGCCCAGCUGGUUCAGAUGAUCAAAAAGACUGAAUCUGAGACCUCCCUCCACCCGCUUUUACAAGAGAUCUAUAAAGACAUGUACUGAACUCAAGACUGUACACACUCAUGGACCUGACUGGAGUGUAAACUGCAGAAUUCCCACCUGAGUGGAGAGAAUGCACACAUCUAAAUGGUGCUGGUGGUGCCAUGGGAUUUAUUUUUUAAAUGAAUUUUGUAAAUUACCUUUACAAAUAUUGACUUUGAAUACUGACUUUUUCUCACAUUGUGAGGAGCGUUUUUUAUUUAACUCAAAUCUGUUCUUAAAUAUAGGACAUUACAACGUUAUCGUCUAGUUAUCAUUUACUACUACUACUGCCAUCGUGUUGUUCUUCAUGCUUGAUGAGGGCUAACACCUUUAGUUGUUGUCUUUUCCAUCGUAAUUUUAAUUUGAAAGUACUUUUAAACGAGGCAUAGUAUGUUUCAGGACACAGCAGAAAGCUGAUCAGAUCAAGCUCUUGAAAUGCCACUCACUAAAGUGUUUUGUGUUUGUAGAGCUUUUAUCUUUGAGAUUCUUCAACUUUCCCUCUUGAUUUUGUUUGAUUAUGCACUUUUACUUAAGUAAAAGUUAUACUCCACACAAAACUGUACAGCAGACAGUUAUAUUGCUUUGGAAUUAGGUUACUUUAUCGAGGAUGUUGUUUUUUUAGUGUCAGCUGCUACAAAUAUACACUCACCUAAAGGAUUACCAUACUAAUACUGUGUUUGACCCACUUUCGCCUUCAGAACUGCCUUAAUUCUAGGUGGCAUUGAUUCAACAAGGUGCUGAAAGCAUUCUUUAGAAAUGUUGGCCCAUAUUGAUAGGAUAGCAUCUUGCAGUUGAUGGAGAUUUGUGGGAUGCACAUCCAGGGCACGAAGCUCCCGUUCCACCACAUCCCAAAGAUGCUCUAUUGGGUUGAGAUCUGGUGACUGUGGGGGCCAUUUUAGUACAUGAACUCAUUGUCAUGUUCAAGAAACCAAUUUGAAAUGAUUCGAGCUUUGUGACAUGGUGCAUUAUCCUGCUGGAAGUAGCCAUCAGAAGAUGGGUACAUGGUGGCCAUAAAGGGAUGGACAUGGUCAGAAACGAUGCUCAGGUAGGCCGUGGCAUUUAAACGAUGCCCAAUUGGCACUAAGGGGCCUAAAGUGUGCCAAGAUUAACAGGCGCUGGCUCACUGACGUACAAGGCUACAGGCGCUGUCUCACUGACGUACAUCCCCCACACCAUUACACCACCACCACCAGCCUGCACAGUGGUAACAAGGCAUGAUGGAUCCAUGUUCUCAUUCUGUUUUCGCCAAAUUCUGACUCUACCAUCUGAAUGUCUCAACAGAAUUCGAGACUCAUCAGACCAGGCAACAUUUUUCCAGUCUUAAACUGUCCAAUUUUGGUGAGCUCUUGCAAAUUGUAGCCUCUUUUUUCCUAUUUGUAGUGGAGAUGAGUGGUACCCGGUGGGGUCUUCUGCUGUUGUAGCCCAUCCGCCUCAAGGUUGUGCGUGUUGUGGCUUCACAAAUGCUUUGCUGCAUACCUCGGUUGUAACGAGUGGUUAUUUCAGUCAAAGUUGCUCUUCUAUCAGCUUGAAUCAGUCGGCCCAUUCUCCUCUGACCUCUAGCAUCAACAAGGCAUUUUCGCCCACAGGAAUGCCGCAUACUGCAUGUUUUUUCCUUUUCACACCAUUCUUUGUAAACCCUAGAAAUGGUGGUGCGUGAAAAUCCCAGUAACUGAGCAGAUUGUGAAAUACUCAGACCGGCCCGUCUGGCACCAACAACCAUGCCACGCUCAAAAUAGCUUAAAUCACCUUUCUUUCCCAUUCUGACAUUCAGUUUGGAGUUCAGGAGAUUGUCUUGACCAGGACCACACCCCUAAAUGCAUUGAAGCAACUGCCAUGUGAUUGGUUGAUUAGAUAAUUGCAUUAAUGAGAAAUUGAACAGGUGUUCCUAAUAAUCCUUUAGGUGAGUGUAUAUUGGUAUUGAAACCGAAAACAAAUGUACUGCAUGUUUAUUCCUUUACUUGGUCAUCGUGCAGACUUUAACACUUUGGCAUUAACAGCAUCUUCAAAAGUGUGAAAACACAAUCUUUUCAGUUGUCCAUCCAUCCAUCCAUCUUCUAUAGCCACUUGUCCUAUGUAGGGUCAUGGGGUUCUUUUCAGUUGUAUGGAAGGAAAUGUUGGCUAGCUUUGUUCAAUAUAUAUACAUUUAUGAUGUCCUGAUCCCUUUAAGCACUGGUACCAUGGUGGCGCUUGUAUUAAAGCAUACCGCCAGUUACUAGCUCAAGGUUGUAUUUACUGAAUUGAGAUAUGACAUCAGUAAUAUUUGUUGUCUCAUUGAUGAGCACCUGUAUUAAAUAAGGUCUUCCAUUAAUACAUUGAUAUUUCCCUGAUAAGGAGUUUUAUAAUGGUCAAGAGAAAUGGCAAGAAGAAAAUACUGAGUAUGUUCUAUGAAUAUAUAUAUAUAUAUGUGUGUGUGUAUGAAGGGAUUGAAAACAAGCAGGCUAUGGUUAAAUUCAGACUAUAACAUUGUAGAUAUAAACUUCAAUUAUUUUCAAUUAUAAAUCAUUUGUAUUAAUAGUGCGUCAAUUAACAAAUUGGGUGUGUGUUUCAAUGUAUUAAACAUGUCUUAUUACAAAACAAUCCUGAAUAAAUGGGGGUCUAUGCAAACAUGUAGAAAAAUAUGCAAAUAUAUUUUGACAUUGAAUUACAGUAAAUUAAUUAAUGCACAACACAUCUA